UAUCCUUUAUGUAUUCUUAAGACGAUCAAUCAACAUCGUACCCUCUAACCUUCGUAGUCCCGUCUGGAUUUGUGUUUCUGUUCGAGUGACUUAAUCUUCUACUCAUCUCGCAAAAAAUGUUGGUGAAGAUGCAGUAUUUGGAUACGCCCUGCUUUCAUGGACUGGGUUCAACCCUUAGGGCAACCAUCGUAGGAGCCUCAGUUUCUCCUCCUGAUAAUCUCGUUCCCAUUUCCAAGAAGCACAAGGACUGGUGGAUUCUUGAAUGUCCGAACAGAGUGUUAAAGAAGGUUGGUGGAGUUCAAAAAUCCACUAAUGAUAACGGUCGUCGCCGGCAGGAAAUUCGGUUGAAAAAAGUGAGUAAAAUGGAGGAACGAGAAACCCAGAAAAAGAAUCGCCAUUUGGGUUAUAGAGAUGCGGGAGAAGAUGGAAAUGGGUCGGUGGAAAAAGUGCACUCAAAGUGUUCGACGAAAUGGCUAUCGUAUGGUGGAUGCAUACCGGCGAUUUUGCAAGCCUUGGAUGAGGUAAGUGACCUGGACGAAGCACUGAAGCCUUGGAAAGAUAAGCUUAACAAUAAGGAAAGGAGUAUUAUUUUGAAAGAACAAACCAGUUGGGAGAGGGCUUUGGAGAUUUUUGAGUGGUUUAAUAUGACCGGUUGCUAUGAAGUGAAUGUGAUUCACUAUAAUAUUGUACUUGGGAUUCUUGGGAAGGCCCAAAAAUGGAGGCUAGUUGAGAGUUUGUGGAUGGAAAUGAAUAAAAAGGGGAUUAAACCAAUAAAUUCGACUUAUGGGACAUUGAUUGAUGUUUACAGCAAAGGAGGGUUUAAAGAAGAAGCGUUGGUUUGGCUCGAGAGGAUGAAUGAACAAGGAAUGAAACCUGAUGAGGUUACCAUGGGAAUUGUUGUUCAACUGUAUAAGAAGGUCGGUGAGUUUCAGAAGGCUGAAAGUUUCUUCAAGAAGUGGUCAUCAAGUAACUCAAUGAAAUGUGAGAUUACCAACAAGAAGAAAGUAGCUUCUGUUAAAGUUGAGAGUUCCCUGCACCCUCCUAGUGUUAGUUUGAGCACCUAUACGUAUAAUACAUUGAUCGACACAUAUGGGAAGGCUGGACAGCUACAAGAAGCCUCUACAACUUUUGAAAGUAUGCUAAAGGAAGGAGUUGCCCCGACAACUGUGACUUUCAAUACUAUGAUUCACAUUUGUGGAAAUCAUGGCCAAUUGAAAGAAGUGACAUUUCUAAUGCAGAAGAUGGAAGAGCUUCAGUGCCCACCUGAUACAAGAACAUACAAUAUCCUCAUUUCUCUUCAUGCUAAGCAUGAUAAUAUUGACUUAGCUUCAUACUAUUUUGCAGAGAUGGAGGAGGCCGGUCUUCAACCAGAUAUAGUGAGUUACCGCACUCUUUUGUAUGCUUACUCUAUAAGGCAUAUGGUGGUGGAGGCUGAAAAACUUGUAACCAAAAUGGACGAAAGAGGCCUUGAGAUUGAUGAAUUCACCCAAUCUGCAUUGACCCGCAUGUAUAUUGAUGCAGGAAUGCUUGAAAAGUCAUGGUCAUGGUUCUGGAGAUUUCAUCUUGCAGGGCAUAUGAGCUCUGAGUGUUAUUCUGCCAAUAUUGAUGCAUAUGGAGAGCGUGGGUGCAUUUUAGAAGCAGAGAGAGUUUUCGUUAGCUGCCAAGAAGAAAAGAAGUCCACUGUCCUUGAGUUUAAUGUGAUGAUUAAAGCCUAUGGUGUGGUAAAGGAUUAUGCCAAAGCACAAAAACUAUUUGACAGUAUGGAGAGUAAUGGUGUCACUCCUGACAAAUAUAGUUAUAGUUCUCUGAUACAGAUAUUGGUUGGUGCUGACAUGCCGGCCACGGCACUUGCUUAUCUAAAGAAGAUGCAGUUAGCCGGAUUAGUAAGUGAUUGCUUUCAAUAUUCAAUGGUUAUAUCGAGCUUUUCAAAAUUGGGUCAUUUAAAAAUGGUGGAUAAACUAUAUAGAGAGAUGGUCAAACAUGGUGUGCAGCCUGACAUCAUUGUUUAUGGUGUGUUGAUAAAUGCUUUUGCUGAUACGGGAAAUGUUAAAGAAGCUAUUAGUUAUGUGAAUGCGAUGAAACAAGAUGGUUUGUCUGGUAACACAGUGAUAUAUAACUCCUUGAUAAAACUCUAUACCAAAGUUGGCUACCUCAAAGAAGCACAGGAAGCAUACAAUAUGCUUGAACAAACAGAUGAUGGUCCAACUGUAUACUCUUCAAAUUGUAUGAUCGACCUUUAUAGUGAACGUUCGAUGGUUAAAGAAGCCGAAGCGAUAUUUGAGAGCUUGAAGAGAAAGGGAGAAGCAAACGAGUUCACUUUUGCUAUGAUGUUGUGCAUGUACAAGAAAAUUGGAAGAAUACAGGAAGCCAUUUGUAUUGCUAGACAGAUGAAGGAACGAGGACUUUUAACAGAUUUGUUGAGCUUCAAUAACAUGAUCAGUUUAUAUGCAAUGGAUGGACGAUUCAAAGAGGCUGUUAGUAUAUUCGAAGAGAUGAUGAAAGCUGCUAUUCAACCUGAUGAAUGCACAUAUAAAUCGCUUGGGGCCGUUCUAUUAAAAUGUGGAGUUUCAAAGCAGGCUGUCAGCAAGUUAGAAGUAGCAGCAAAAAAGGAUGCCCAGAGUGGAUUACAAGCAUGGGUUUCAGUUCUGUCUUCUGUUGUUGGAAUGAAUGUUAAGGAAGAUGAUCUGUAAGUUAUUCUACUUUGCCUUGAGAAAGGACCAACUAAAGUUACUUCUGCCACAAGUUAGCUUAAAGCACCCAAAUUUGAAGGGAAAUUCAAAGCUUGUGAAAUGUGGAGAUUCGACCUUAAACACAAUGGCACUGAAACAUGUGGGGGAAGAUUGGCCAAAAUAUCUGAGAUCUAGAGGGUAGUCAAUGUUGAUGCGAUCGUGGAUAUGAAGUUGAAUGCAAGCUAGCAUUAGAUUUUCUUCUGCAAGGCAAGGCCUUUGGCAAUCUUCAGGUACAAGAUGGAACCUUUUUCCCAUCGGAUCCAUCAUGUAAAGAUACUGAGACAACCAAUCCAUGGGAAAGUCAACAAGUUUGUAAAGUCUAACUUGUGGUUGCAUAUGAAAGUGCGUGACUUGUAUUUUAAUACUGUUCAUCUCGUGUGUCAUUAAGACAUAAUUGGCCGCUUUCAAAAUAAUUGUCGGCAUGAGCGUGGCGAAGAAGGCAAUGGAGUUGUAUAUGGGAGAAAAAGGUUUGCUGUUUCGGCUCAACAAAUUUGCUUAUGCUUCCAUUUUUAUCAUGAUUGGAGGUUGGAUUGUGUUUCGGUUUGUUUGGCCUUUGCUCAAUCUCUACCAGUUGGAUACUCCACCAUUAUCUCCGACUUCUGAAUUCAAGGGCUAAUGAUCGCCAGAGCCAUCUCUCUUUUCGUUUCCAUCUACUGCGGCUGCUCAAAUAUUAUUCUACCUUUGUAAAUUCUUGUGUUAGAGAUUUCUUAACUGAUAAGUGUUAUGGAGAAUUUAGUGACUAUGAAUUUUCAUUAGAUGCAAAUUGAAGUCCAAAAAACAGGGAUACUGGGAGUUUUUCCUUCGGUGAUUAUGAAUUGGGUUUUAAUAA